AUGAUCAUUGAAAUAUUGAUAUUAACAUUAUUAAUAUCAUCCUCAUCAAUGUUGACCUAUACACGUAUGUGUCAAUGUCAAUGUUGUCAAUAUAUGGGACCACUUUAUUCAAAUAAUAGAAGUCUAUGUGCAUGUCAUCCUACAAAUCAAGGAAAACCUUUUGCUUGUGGCGGUUCAACUGGUCUUUAUUCGGCUCGAGUAUGUACUAUUAAAACUCAUCCAUUUUAUGAUCCACUUCGACCUAAUUUAUGUUGUCAACUUAAAUUCGUUUAA